ACUACCAAAAAUUAAAACCUAGCAGAUGAGCAGUCACGCAAUGGCGUUGCCUUCUAAAAUCUAAAAUUGCCUCUUUCUAUUGCCGCAAAUCCGCAAUGGCGGAGCCUUCUAAAAUCUAAACUGCCGCACCCUCAGUCCCUUGCUAAAUUGCCGCUGCCUAGCUAAAUUGCCGCUGCCUUGCUAAACUGCCAAUCAGCUCGCUGCCUUGCUAAACUGCCGCUCAGCCGCUGCAGUGCCGCACCGUACGUCCAAUCGCCGCUUCAUUUGUAUUUUGAAUAUGAGUUUGGAUAAAUUUGUAAUUCGGACUAAGAGGACUUUAACUCAAGGGGAUAGUUCUUCAAAUGUUCCUAAUCAGUCUAUCUCAAGCGAUGGAAAUGUUAUUGCUUCGAAUGUAAGCAUUGUCCGAGAUGAGUCUAAUGAAAUUAGGGGAGAUAAAAGAGCACGGACAGAUAAUACGUGUGAGUGGGAUAUCAUUAGCGAUCCCGCAUUACGAAAGCCAAUCAUUGAAUAUGAUCCUCGAGUAAGAGAUGACGUGAUGAGAGUGUAUGUUGUUAAAGGUGCUUGUCAACCGUUGUCUCAUGAUUUUCCACGAACUUUAUUUGGGAAAAAAAUGAGAUGUUUUCGAGCAGAGUGGUUUAAAAAUUGGGAAUGGUUGGAAUAUAGUAUUUCUAAAGAUGCUGCAUUUUGCUUUUGGUGUUACCUUUUCCGUGGGGUAGAAGGGAGGAGAUUUGGAGAUGAUGUAUUUGUAAGGACCGGAUUUCAUAAUUGGAAGAAAAGUCUUGAAAAAUUUAGAGACCAUGUAAGAGUUGUAAAUGGUGCACACAAUGAUGCCAGAACACGUUUUUUUGCUUUCAAGAAUCAAAAGCAAAGCAUUCCAAGAAGUCUGGAUCCAGGAAUACAAACAUUGGGUGCUGCAUAUCACACUCGUUUGAAUGCAAGUGUGGAUUGUGCUAGAUUUUUAAUUUCACAAGGGUUGGCUUUUCGUGGGCAUGAUGAGAGAGAAACUUCACUGAAUAGAGGAAAUUUCUUGGAAUUGCUUGAUUGGUAUAGUGCACGCAAUGCUGAUGUUGAGAAAGUGGUGAAAGUUAAUGCACCAUCAAAUCACCAACUUACUAGUCCUAAGAUUCAAAAGGAUAUUAUUAGUUCUUGUGCAUCAGAGACAACAAAAGUCAUAAUUAGUGAUAUUGGUGACAAAUUUUUUUCUUUGUUGAUUGAUGAAGCUCGUGAUAAUUCUGUGAAAGAGCAAAUGGCAAGUGUUGUUAGAUUUGUAAACGAUAGCGUAGUUGUUAUGGAGCGAUUCCUUGGAGUUAAACAUGUUGUUGACACUACUGCACUUUCUUUGAAAAGUGGCAUCGAUGAUUUUUUUGCUAAGCAUGGAUUAUCUUUGUCCAAGAUUAGAGGUCAAGGAUAUGAUGGAGCUUCUAAUAUGCGAGGUGAGCUUAAUGGAUUGAAGACUCUAAUCUUGAAUGAAAAUCCACAAGCAAGAUAUAUUCAUUGUUUUGCUCACCAAUUGCAAUUAGUUGUUGUGGCCGUUGCACAAAAAAAUAAGUUUGUGAGUGACUUUUUUGAAUAUUUGUCCAUGGUUACUAACAUGGUAGGAUCUUCUUGUAAAAGAAAAGACGAGUUUCGGCAAAAACAACAUGAAGCCAUGGUAGAGAUGCUAGAAAAGGGUGAGCUUACAACUGGGAGAGGAUUGAAUCAAGAAAGUAGUUUAGCUAGGCCGGGAGCUACACGCUGGGGUUCACAUCAUACAACCAUUAUUCGUAUUCUUUCUAUGUGGUCUCCUACUAUUCAAGUUCUUGAUAAUAUAUUUGAUGAUGGAACUGAUCUCAAAUCGAGAGGCACUGCUAGUAGCCUGGUAGAAAAGAUGGAGAGUUAUGAGUUUGUUUUAAUUGCUCACUUGAUGAAAAAGGUAUUGGGAUUGACGAAUAUAUUGUCACAUUUCUUGCAACAAAAAGAUCAAAACAUUCUCGAGGCUGUGAGCUUAGUUAAAAGCACUAAAGCUAAAUUUCAAGAUUUGAGAGAAAGCAGAUGGGAUGAUCUCUUGGAAGAUGUCAAUAGCUUUUGUGUCAAGAACAAAAUUGACAUUCUUAACAUGGAAGAGACAAAUCGUCAUUCUAGACAUGUUCAUCACCCGAUAACAAAUUAUCAUCACUUUCGAGUUGAUAUAUUUUGCCAGGUGAUUGACCAGAUAAGUCUUGAGAUGGAGAAUCGCUUUAGUGAGUCCAACACAGAAUUACUGACUUGUUUAGCAUGUCUUGAUCCUAGAGAUAAGUUCUCCAAUUUCUGUGAGUCAAAGCUACUAAACCUCGCGGAAUUAUAUUCAUACGAUUUUUCAUUCGUUGAUCGAAUGGAGCUGAAAGAGCAACUCCAGGUGUGGAUAUAUGAAAUGAGAACAAAUGAAUUAUUUUCUGCCGUACAGACUAUUGGUGAAGUUUGUAAAAAGAUGGUUGAGCUUAAAGUUCACAAUUCUUUUCACUUGGUAUAUCGUCUGAUUGAGUUGGCUUUAGUAUUACCAGUUGCAACAGCCACCGUUGAAAGAGCCUUCUCUGCGAUGAAUAUUAUCAAGACAGAUCUUCGCAAUAAGAUGGGAGAUAAUUAUCUUACAGAUUGCUUGGUGUGCUACAUCGAGAGAUAUGUUUUUAGAAGUAUUGAUAAUGAAACUAUUAUGCAACAUUUUCAGAAUAUGAAAACUCGUAGGCUUGAUUUACCAAAGUUGCAGAAAUGAACUAUUUAAUAUGUAAUUAACUACUCCGUAUAAUUUAUGCUAUUGCCUUACUUUUUACCAUCUUUAUUACAUUUGAAAUUUUUAUUAUAGAAUAAGUUUAGUGUCUAGUGUGCCCCUACUCUGAGAAAUCUCUGGGUCCGCCACUGAGUGCCUGGAAAGUUGUUCCUUGGUUAGUCACCUGCUUGUAGUGGCUUGUUUCUGGAGGCAACUGCUGGCAGUGGGCUUUCAGAUUUUGAUAGGUCCAGCUGUAAUCACUUCCAGCAUUUCAUCAUGUAGAGCACUGAGAUGUGCUUUCAUCCUGAUCUUCCAGUCAUCAAAUUUGUUCAAGUUGAACAAAAGGUUCUUUGCUAACUGACUGUCCAUUUUUAGAAAGUGUUUUGGGAAGUAUAGUGGUUUUGAAUCUUUAGUUCAAAUUAGUCAGAAACUGACUCUAGGAACACUCCGCUCUGAUACCACUUGAUGGUCCCGGAUAGAGGUAAACGUCUAGAGGGGGGUGAAUAGACUUUUAAAGCUUUUGGAACUUUAAAAACUUUUCCCUUCUAGAUGAGUUGAUCUAUAAUCUUUUAGGAGAUUUAUAGAUGCACAUCGGAAGUCUUUAAUCCUCUUAUACAAAUAGUGUAUAACAACUUUCUAUGAUGAAUGAAGUUUGGACUUUAUGUAGUGAGCAGUUGGCUUGGCAGAGGACUGGAUGGCAGUGAAUUGCUGAGGCAACUGCUGAGGAAAUAUUGAUUGUAUGAUGAAAGUGUGAGCAGAAUCUUUCUUAGAAUGAAAAUGGCUUUCUGAUGAUGUAUUGAGAUGGGUUGAUAAUCAAUCUUUAUCAGAGCAGAGGUCUCAGCAGUUGGGUAGUAACAAGGGAACUGUUGAGGUACCUGCUUAAGUGAAAGUACAGAUAUGGGAAAACUGAUUAUAUAAUAUUGCUCAGGGUGAUGAGGGCUUUCUGAAGAUGUGCUUUAGUACAAGUAGCUGGGAGUUUUACUGGAGCAGUGGUCUCGGCAGUGAGAGAACUGCUGAGGCACCUGCUGGGCUUCAGCUCAAGUCUCAGAGAUCAGUUUGAACUGACUCCUCAGUGAGAGUGUUGUGAAGGUCUGGUGAAGUUUGAGAUGUUCAAGGAAGUACUUUUGUAUGAGCAGUGGGCUCAACAGUUGGGUAGUCACUAGUGGACUGCUGAGGCAACUGCUGAGCUUUUAAGAUGAUUUCCAGAGAUUUGAUAGAAUAGGCCUUUAUGUGGUGAUAUUGCAAGGCUUUUGUAUCUCAAAGAAAGUGAGUUAUUAAGCAGUAGGAUAAGCAGUAGGGUCAAUUAAGACAACUGCUUAGGAUGCUGCUGGCAAACUACAAUCUUUUGUGAGAAGUUUUUGGUGUGUGCUUUGUUGACUGAAAAUAAAUCAACACACGAUAUAUCCUAGUUCAGAUGUGGUGUAAUCCUCCUACGUCCAGUCCCACCCUCUUUCAGAUGGAUUUCACUAAAGUAUUAAGCCCAAUACACUUAGUGCCAAUCUAGCCUUUACAACACUUAGGCCUAGAUUGAAGGUUUUUCACAAUGAGUAUAACACGACUCAAAGUUACUCAGUCCUUAGACUUUUCUCAAAUGAUCCAGUGGGGAUCAAAAGGUACUCUAUCUAUCUAACCACACUGUAGGAUCUGAACAACUGUUCUCCUAAGUGUUUACAACAAUUUGUGAUUUCAUUACAAGAAAGUUCUAACCUCCAACUAGGAACUAAACUUCUAGGAUUUAGCAAUGAAUACUUGAAACUAAGAAGUUUAGUGAAACAUGAAUCUAAGAAGAGAGUAAAGUAUAGAUUCUCACUUUCUCUUUUGCUAGAUAUCUCGUGAAUGCUUAAUGAAAUAUUUCUCUACUUAGAAUGCUCAAGCUUGGUUAGAAACUUUUGUUUCAGCCUAUAUUUAUAGGCUACUCCAGUUGAUUAAUCUCAUCUGUUGGUUAGGAUGGAUUAAUCCUGUUUGUUGAAGGUCUGGCAAGAACAAAUUGUACAUUCGUCUUCUUGUGCAGGAGCUUUUAUUGGGGCGGUCACCUUGUCUCCAGAAAUCAGGCCGCUGCAUGGGUAAUUCAGUCGCUGCAAUGUUACUCCAAAAAUCGUCACAUGCUGCAGUCAGUGUAGCACUCUUUCAUUUAAUGUCGGUGUACAUUUUGUCUUCCAAUCAUAGUGUAUUCGAGUAUCUUUUCUUUAAAAUGUGACAAUUUAAUCUUUGAGCUAAAUAAUAUUUACCGGUAGGAUCUAACUAUCCCAUUAAGGUAAAUAAAAAUUACCUUAUUGCAUUUUUACUUUUCCGGUAAUAUUUCUUUAGUCUCAAAAAUUGUACAUUUAUUUUUUUCACUUAAAUUUAAAUGCUAUUUUAU